AUGAAAUGCAAAAUUCUUUAUGACAUAAACACGAAAACAACGAUCAAGGUUUUUUUCUUCGUUGUUUUCUUCUUUUUUCUUUGUUUUCUUUUCUUUUUGUUGUUUUCUUUUCUUUUGGUUCUUUUUCUUCUCUUUUCUUUUUUUUUCUUUUUCUGUUUUUUCUUUUUCUUGUUUUUUUUCUCUAUUUUUCUUUCAUGUGUAUUUAAUAAAUUUCUUUUUUUCUCUCUCUCUCUCUCUCUCUCUCUCUCUCUCUCUCUUCUCUUUCUUUCUUCUCAUCUCUCUCUUUCAUCUCCCUCUCUUUCAUCUCUCCCUCUCUUUUCCUUUCUUGCCUCCCUUUUCUUUCCUUUCCUCUUUCAUCUCUCUCUCUUUCAUCUCUCUCUCUUUCAUCUCUCUCUCUCUUUCAUCUCUCUCUCUCUUUCAUCUCUCUCUCUCUUUCAUCUCUCCCUCUCUUUUCCUUUCUUGCCUCUUUUCCCCCUCUCCCUCUUCCCCCUCUCUUUUCCUUUCCACCCUUUUCCUUUCUUUCCUCUUUUCUCCCCCCCCCUCUCUCCUUUUUUUUGUGUCCAGGCCUUUUCUAUUAUCCUUUAUUUUCUCUUCUACUCUUCUUUUUUUCCUCUCUCUCUUUCUCCCUCUCUUUUUCUCUCAUUUGUACACUUAUUUUCUCCCUUCCUUUCAAUCAAUCUCUUUUCUCUCUUCCUCAUUUGCUUUUCCUCUUUUUUCUCUCUCUCAAUUACUCUUUUCUCUCUCUCUCUCUCUCAAUUACUCUUUUCUCUCUCUCUCUCUCAAUUACUCUUUUCUCUCUCUCUCUCUCUCUCUCAAUCCUUUUUUUCUCUCUCUCUCAAUCACUCUUUUCUCUCUCUCUCAAUCACUCUUUUCUCUCUCUCUCUCUCUCUCAAUCACUCUUUCUCUCUCUCUCUCUCUCAAUCACUCUUUUCUCUCUCUCAAUCACUCUUUUUCUCUCUCUCAAUCACUCUUUUCUCUCUCUCAAUCCUCUUUCUCUCUCUCAAUCACUCUUUUCUCUCUCUCAAUCACUCUUUUCUCUCUCUCUCAAUCACUUUUCUCUCUCUCUCUCUCAAUCCUCUUUUCUCUCUCUCUCUCUCAAUCCUUUUUCUCUCUCUCUCUCUCAAUCCUCUUUUCUCUCUCUCUCUCUCUCUCUCUCUCUCUCUCUCUCAAUCUCUUUUCUCUCUCUCUCUUUCUCUCUCUCUCAAUCACUCUUUCUCUCUCUCUCUCUCUCUUCAAUCUCUCUCUCUCUCUCUCUCUCUCUCAAUCACUUUUUCUCUCUCUCUCUCUCUCUCUCUCUCUCACUCUUUUCUCUCUCUCUCUCUCUCAAUCACUCUUUUCUCUCUCUCUCUCUCUCAAUCACUCUUUUCUCUCUCUCUCUCUCUCAAUCACUCUUUUUUCUCUCUCUCUCUCUCUCAAUCACUCUUUUCUCUCUCUCUCUCUCUCAAUCACUCUUUUUUCUCUCUCUCUCUCUCAAUCACUCUUUUCUCUCUCUCUCUCUCAAUCACUCUUUUUUCUCUCUCUCUCUCUCUCUCUCUCUCAAUCACUCUUUUUUCUCUCUCUCUCUCUCUCUCUCUCAAUCACUCUUUUUCUCUCUCUCUCUCUCUCUCAAUCUUUUCUCUCUCUCUCUCUCUCUCUCACUCUUUUUUUCUCUCUCUCUCAAUCUUUUUCUCUCUCUCUCUCUCUCAAUCCUCUUUUUUCUCUCUCUCUCUCAAUCCUCUUUUCUCUCUCUCUCUCUCUCUCUCUUUUUCUCUCUCUCUCUCAAUCCUCUUUUUCUCUCUCUCUCUCUCUCAAUCACUCUUUUCUCUCUCUCUCUCAAUCACUCUUUUCUCUCUCUCUCUCUCAAUCACUCUUUUCUCUCUCUCUCUCAAUCACUCUUUUCUCUCUCUCUCUCAAUCACUCUUUUCUCUCUCUCUCUCAAUCACUCUUUUCUCUCUCUCUCAAUCCUCUUUUCUCUUUCUCUCUCAAUCACUCUUUUCUCUCUCUCUCUCAAUCACUCUUUUCUCUCUCUCUCAAUCACUCUUUCUCUCUCUCUCUCAAUCACUCUUUUCUCUCUCUCUCUCAAUCACUCAAUCAAUCACUCUUUUUCUCUCUCUCUCUCUCUCUCUCUCAAUCAAUCACUUUUUUUUUCUCUCUCUCUCUCUCUCUCAAUCAAUCACUCUUUUUUUUUCUCUCUCUCUCUCUCUCUCUCUCUCUCUCUCUCUCUCAAUCAAUCACUCUUUUUUCUCUCUCUCUCACUCUCAAUCUCUUAGCCACUCUCUCUCUCUCUCUCAAAAUACCCCUCUAUAUUGGGUUUCUUGUUCUCUCUCUCUCUCUCUCUCAUGUUCCUUGUCCCCUCUCUCAUUUCCCAGUCAUGUCAUCUCUCCUGUUCCCCUGCCCUCAUCAGCUUCCUGUCAUCUAUCCUCCCCUCCCCAUCAUGUUCCAUCUACCCACAAUCACACCUCUUUCUCUGUCUUCACCCACCAACCCUCCCGUUCCUCUGUCAAGCACCCCGCCCCCUCUGCUGGUCAUCUCUCCUGUUCCCCUUCAGGUUCUAUGUCUGGUAACCACUCUCGUUAUCCCUCCCGCUGUCAUUUCUUGUGUCCCCCUAUCAGGCUCCCACUCCCAUCAUCUCUCUUGUUGUCCUAUCAGGUUUUCCAUUCUGCCAUCUCUCCUGUUCCUCCAUCAGGUUACCACUCGCAUGAUCUCUCUUGUGGCUUUGUCACAUUCUCCUCUUGUUGUUUCUCCCAUUACUCUCACCUCCCAUCAUUUCUCCCAUUGCCCCCUUCUGGUUCUCUCUCUCAUUGCUUCCAUCAUCCCCCUUUGUCAUAUCUCCCAUUCCCCCAUCAGGUUCCCUCUCCUGUCAUCUCUCCUGUUCCUUUAUCAGGUUCACACUCCUAUCAUCUCUCCCGUUCCCCUAUCAGUUCCCCCCUCCUGUUCUUUCUCUCUGCACCAUCACAUUCUUUCUCAAAAUCUCUCCCAUUGCCAAACCCCCACCAUGUUCCCCUGCCUGUUGUCUUUCACAUUACCCAUCAGGUACCCUUCCUCACUGCCAAAUGUGACAAUUUGCUUUGCCACACUAGAUUUUUUCUUUGA